ACUCCACCCCCUAUCCAGGUCUACAUAACCCUGUCUCCAUCCUCUACCUCUCUAUUUUGCACCAUGAAGGGAUUUCACAUUGUGGUGCUGCUGUCCUCGGCCGUGCUGCUGGUCAGCGCUGCUCCGGCUCUGGAGCUGGUGACAUGCAGCAAAGAGAGUGGAGCUGCGGCUGCACGGCUGACUAUGCAUCGCAUCAACGAGAACCAUGGCCACGGCUACAAGUUCAGACUCCAAGAGAUCCAAGGCAACAAAGUGGAAACGGUGGACGGAGGCUGUAACCUCGAGCUGCAGUUGAACCUUCUGGAGACAGUGUGCCAUGUCAUCAACCCCAAACACUUUGAGGACUGUGAGAUCCGUGAAGAGGCUGAGCGGGCAGUGAUGGCUAACUGCACCAUAAAGAUGAACGUUAGAAAUACUGACGCCAACGUCACCAAGUAUGAGUGUGACACGCGACAAGUAAAGACCAACCUGGAAAUGGUGACGAUUUGCCCUGACUGUCCCACGCUGGACCCACUGAACAGCACUGAAGGUCUGAAGUCUGUUAAUGAAGCUGUGAGCAAAUUCAACCAGAACACCACCAACCAGCACUACUACAUCCUGAAGGAAGUGGGACGGAUCACAGUUGGGUACAUUCCCUCUGUAGGGAUGGCCUACUAUGCUGAGUUUGCCCUUGUGGAGACUCAUUGUCCAAUGGGAAGCAGAAUCAAUCCUGAGGCAUGCAAACCCCUCUGCCCUGACAGAGCUCAUCAUGCUUUCUGCAAGUCAACUUACUUCAGGUCAACCGGACUCCAGUCAGUUGAGUGUGAAUUCUAUCCCCCAUCGAACACGACUGCCCUUGGCCCUGGUGAGCAAGAGCCCAUAUGCAGGCAUCAUGUGGGUGGCCAUCCUCCCCAUGUAGGCGCUGGCAGACCUCCCCUUGGUCCCCGUGACGGCGAUGGCCAUCCUCCCCAUGUAGGCGCUGGCAGACCUCUCCUUGGAUGCAUAUUGCCUCCCUUCGGUGGCAAUGGCCCCCCUCCCUCCGGAGGCAAUGGCCAACCAUCCCGUCCCUGUGGCCCUCGUCCCCAUGGAGGCGAUGGCCAUCCUGACCAAGAAAAGCAGCAUCAUAGGCCCCCAUUCGGUUCUAAGCACCACUUCCAUGGCUUCCAUCACUGCCGUGGAUCAGACCCAGCUCUCCACCCCAUUUGCCCCUGGCCUCGUCCUUGGCACCGCCCCAGCCCCAGAGACAAGGACUGAGAUACACCACACAACGCUUAGGCAACCAUAACUGUUUGACAGUCUACCAGAAAAAUUCUGUAACAGUCUCUAAUGUAUACAAGAAAUGGAACAUAUUACUAAACAUGUCAAAUAAACAGUCAUGGUGUAAAUUUC